GUAGUGGUGAGGCAGGUCAGCGCCUGCCAUUUUAGGAGCAGAGAGCCAGCAUCUGGCAGAGAGCCAACAUCUUCUGAACUGCAGCAUCGGAUUCAGCAAUGGCAGAAGCAGUGGAGGUGAUGCUGCGGCGCUUGAGGGAAGCGGCGGACACCAGGGGCAGCGACUGGCUGGAGCAGCAGGUGACCGCAUUGCUAGGGGGGGCGGAGGUGGGUACGUCUAGCCCUACUCCAGCAGCUACACGGCCGCGGCGGGUACGGCCGCCGGCGCGCCUGAGCCCUGAUUUACCCCCCCGGGUCCGGCGCCGUGUCAGGAGCCCCACAAGGGACCCUCCACGCCGGGAGCAUUCUAAGCCUAUUGCGGCCUCCCGGCGUGGGAGGAAUCCAUAUGUCCGGCGGGACCCUCCAGAGGCUGUGGGGCCUCCCCCUCAGCCCAUCGCGGCAGCAACAGGGGAGUCAGGACCUGGUUCUGCAGGAUCCCCUCCUGUCCCCAGGAGUCGGAGGCCUGCUCAGCGUGGGAGAGGUAGUGGCAGCAGAGGCAGCAGCGGGGCUGCGCGGUCGGCCAGGGCGGCCCGGCGCAGGCCCUUACAGGAUGAGCCCCUUUCAGUGGCACACGAGGCUGCGCCUGUAGGUGCCAGGGACGGGCGCAGGCCUUGCCAUGAUGCGCUUCUUACAGAGGAGGAGGACGAGGCUGUUCUGGACGGCUCCCCGCCCCAGAGCAGGCCUCUUGGGCAUGAAGACAGGCGUGCAGAUGCUUAUAUGGAGGACAGGGAGUUGCGCAGGCCAUUUCCUGAGGGCGGACAGUUUGCUACUGGUCCUGACACCAUGGAAGACAGAGGGCGUCCCAGAGCCAUUCCUAACGCACCCAGCAGUGAUCCGGCUGGGGUGCUGCCGGCGAACAGCGCAAGUACCCAUCAAAGGAAUGUCGUGGAUCCAGGAGUCGUCCGUCAGGAAUCAGGACCUGCGGCUGCCGGGUUCACAGCACCCGGGCAGCUAGUGGGAGCGGUUUCGCCAGCUGGCCCCGGAGGCGAGUCAGGUCGGAUUGGUGUGUCCAGAGUCGUUGUGGGAGAUCCUGGAGGUGAUGCCCCGUUAUUAGUUUGGAUCCUGGGCCAUUCGUUCGUGUUCUGGGGGGCAUUACGAGCGGAUGUUCGGCAGAAUGGGCGGCAGCUGGGGUUUGAUCGGGGGACAGCCAUAGUAAGAUGGAUCGGACGCAGAGGUAUGGUGUGGGGUAGUGUUUUGCAGGAGGUUCAUCGGCAAGCCAGGUUAGAUAGAGUCCCAGAUAUCUUGGUGUUGCAUGUUGGGGGAAAUGACCUAGGGGUCCGACCUUGCAGAGAGUUGAUCAGGGAUAUACGUUUUGAUUUUUUGCGUUUGUGGUCCCUCUUCCCGUCAGUUGUCACUGUGUGGUCGGACAUUGUCCCCAGGAAGGUCUGGAGGGAGGCGAGAUCGGUUGAAAGGCUGAAUAAGGCUAGGAUUAAGCUGAACAGGGUGAUUGGGCGGUUCUGUGCCAAACAUGGGGCGGUGGUGGUGAGGCACCCCGAGUUGGAAGCAGGAACAGGAGGCUUUUGGAGACAGGAUGGAGUCCACCUCAAUGCGGUGGGCAUUGAUUUGUGGUCACUGGACUUGCAGGGAGGUAUUGAAACAGCCCUCCGGGUGUGGCGGAACGCGCGAGCUUAAGGGCUGUCAAGCUGCGCGUUGUUGGCGGGGGGAGGUCAUAGAAGCUGGGGCUACUGGAUGGUAACGGUGAAUGAGAGGGCCUCAAUGGUGGGGCUGGACUCUCAGAGUUGGGGCACCUGGUUGGCUUGGUAU